UUGAAUCUACUUACAGGUCUUCAACCGGCGAGUACAAAAGCGCAGUCGAGCACAAUUGGGAAAUCCCACCGACCAAGUUCCGGCGUAUUACCUCAAGGUCACACCCCAGGACCGGGACCGGGUCCAGGUGGCCAGCAGAACAGCAGGAGUUUCGCUGCUGCUUUGAGAAAUCUUGCCAAGCAGGCAGGACCGGCUCCUCAAGACGAGGAACCGCGGGCCAGUCCGAAGAACCGAGCGCCGCCGCCUCUUGUUCGAGGACCCUCGCCGGCGAAGGAGCGGUCGACACACGAACGGCGACCCGAGGAAAUACCCUCAAUGUACACAAAUGCACGACCAGCCGAGAACAGUAAGCACAGUGUUACUGCAGCAGCUUCCGAAUUACUAGCUCGUUCCGGUUUCCAACCCUAUCGGCCUGAGCAUCAUCCGACACAACAACCGCCGGCAUUUACUCUCGAUCCUGCGGCUUAUAGCCCAUAUCAUCAUAGUCUAUACCCACCACCUCAUCUACAACACGCUUAUAGGUUAGAGGAACAAUUGUACUUGGAGCGAGUGGGCAUGUUAAGGCCACCAUUGUUUCCCGCGCUGCCGUCUUACCCUCUCUAUGGACUGCGAUAUAGUCCCGACAUGUUACCACCGGCCUCACUCGGUCUUAUGUCUCCGGUAAUGCAUGAAAGGUUGAAAUUAGAAGAGGAGCAUAGACUUAGACAGGCUCGAGAGCAGGCUGCGCUAAGGGAUGAGGAAGAAAGGAGAAGAGCAGCGCGUAAUUCAGCUUCCACAGCACCUGUUCCGUCACCCGCUGCGACUUCUGCGGAUACUGCAGCUAGGAAGCCGACUAUAGCGCCGCAGAUGUAUAACGAGAGGGGAGAACGCGACCGCCCAAACUCUCGAAACAACUCCACCAACAACACCGGGAACGAAAGUGUAAUUUCCAAAUCUCACAACCAAUCACGGAAAGAAGACCAGAGCCCAACUCUAGCAGAAGCAUCAAACCUCUCGCCAGUUUACCAUCACCAGCGACUAGCGCCGCCUUACACAAACCCUUCAGCCCUGGCGACUGGGAUCAGCACCCCCGCAAUAUGCUCCGUCAGUUCCACACCGAUACCUCCAGGCCUGCCAUCACUGAGCCUAGGACCUGCGAUUCCUCCAGUUCCAAUCGGACCAACAAUUCCAGCUCCCUUGAACAUGCCAUUGGCUCCAAUGAUGGGCCUACACCUGCCGCCUCCACCUCCAAACACAAUUCACUCUAGUCAGCACUCAAAUUCGUUGAUGAGCAGCCCUCCAACGACUUGUUCAAGCUACCCAAUACCUCACCAGCCGGUUCCGAUCCACCAGCCUUCUCAGCCAGGUGCGCUGCCGCCUCAGCAUCAGCAAUCACCAUCACAAUCCCAACCGCAGCAUCCACUCUCGGUGCAGCAUCACCUGAACAGCGGCUUCACCACAACAACAAAUUCAAUGCUGGCCAGUGGAACCAUGACCACGCAUGCCACUCACACUCUGUCAACUCCUGGAGCUUCGCCGUCGAUAAACGUCUCCAAUCAUUUGUCACCUCACGUGACCCACUCUUCAAGGUUGAAAGAAGUUUCAACGCCUACUACGACUUCAGCUUCAGCUUCUCUGUCAACCCCAGCAACAACAGCAACAGCAACUACCUCGGCUCCGGCUUACCAGCCGACAUUUGUUCGUCCUUUUGAAGACUCCUUCAGGUCCUCGUCUGCUGCGAACAAACCUCCCUCCCAGCCGUGGUCUAUUCUAAACAAUCCAAAUAUGACUAGUCAAAUUCAUCAAGAACCCUUGGUUAAUAAAUUACCAACUAGCACCGCCACCCAGGCACUAGCAGUACCUGUAGCGCCUAUGCCCAUCCCGGGUAAUGUUGCAGCUAAUUUUCCUCAAGACAGUACUAUGCCGGUGGAUAAUUCAAAAAGUUCAACGAUUUAUGCCCCACUUCAGCAUCACCCACAGCAGCAGCAGCAGCAAUAUCAUCAUUCUCAUAUUCCCCCGGAGAAUAGUGGAAGUUUGUACAAACCACAGGGAUUUCCUGUGGGCUCGCAUCAUUCACAGCUGCCUACUCCACAAAGUACGCCCCGAACUACUGCAAUAACAACGACAACGACCUCAAUAAUGUCGACUAAUAUUCAAACUUGUGGUUCUACGUGCUCGACUGUUUCUACCAACACUAAUGGGACCAGUGAUACAGCCUCAAAACCUGGUAAUUUAAAUAUAAACGGCACCAAAUUGUCAAACAAUUCUAUUGGGCAUUCUGAUGGAAUGAAUGACUCGGUUGGAGUACAGAAGAACGGACACGAUAAAACGACAACCAAUCUCAAUUAUUACAGUCUCGCGGAAAAUAAUUUAACGGGGAAUCCGAUUAAGCAUGUCAGUUUGAACGUUAAUAAUAGAAAUGUCCUGGAGCAUACCAAGGAGAACAAAGUUCAGGUUCAUGUUAAGGUGAGUAACGACAUUUCUAAUGCAUUGCACCCCAAGCUGAUGCCAAAUCGAGUGAACAAUGUCAAUCCUGAUAUUAAGUCUCAAUAUCCUGCGGUGGGUAAUGAGACUGCUAAAGAGCGCAUGAGUCCGGUUUUUAUCAAGUCUGCGGAAUCUAUUGGAGAUAAAAAUGGGAAUAAGUAUAAUAAUGAAAAUUUAACUGGAAAAAUGCCUUUGGAAAUUCCUAGUGUCUUACCUCCAAGUAUCCAAGCGAUAUCUUAUCCUGCUCCAUUAAAGUAUCCUAAUGAGAUUGUUAAUUCUAAAGACAGCUUCAACUCCGGGAAUUUUAUGCAGAGCAUCAAGUCCAAGGAGGUAUUACGGACCUGUCAAAAUGUAUCGAAUGUCUUGCUGCAAAUUCCCAAGUACCAAGAGAUGUUGAUUAAUUAUUCGACUGAAUUAAAAGGAACUUAUUGCUACACGGACAAGUGCAAUAAUUUGGCUGAGAUCACGGUAAAGUGCGAACCUCCUGUUAUUAAUGUUCCUGAUCCGGCUAAAGUUUUAGGAAAAGUUGAAGAUUGCGUUGCUGGUGAAGAAGCUCUGACUUUGGUGGUUGGAAAACCCAAGGAAGUCACGUCUACGCUGGAUCUUGCUGAGAAAAGACGGAAGCGCAAACGGGAACAAAACUCGGGUAUUUCUUACAGCUCCGAGUCCGAAAGCGAAGAUGACAUGGCCAAGGAUGUUGAUUUAUGGAUUACUAAAGGUCCGCCGGCUAAGAUGUGUUACUCGGAAAAGAAAUUGUCUUUUUUGGCGAUAUUUGGUCUUACAACUCUUAGUAUGAGAAACGAAAUUGAAUUGCAUAAAUUAGAAAAGCGGUAUCGGCUGAAUCCAGAACCUCCUGAAAUACCUGUCGAUACCAACGAGACGACUUGCAAAGUUGAAUCACUUUUGCCCAUACCUAAAGAGCAUCCAGAUGUUUUAAUAAAUUCAUCAGAUUUUAUGCCUAAAGUUGGGUUUCUCAAGACUAUUGGGUUGGAUGUUAUGCCACCGAGUAAAAGAGACGAAGCUGAAGUAAUAUGGCAAUACGUUUUGCGUGAUCGUAAAAAACGUAAAAGUACCAAUUGCGUGACAGUAUACUGUGAUCGAAUUGCUCAAGAGUACGAAAAAAAUCCUCCGAAAGCGCCUCAGAAAAUGCGACUGUUAGACAGAGUAAAAGUGAAACCACCAAGUGGUCGAGCACCUUUGCUGCCGCCUUUACCAGGUCUAUUUUCUGCUUACUACCCCGCAGUGCCUGUGCCGAUCGAAAAUGGCGUGAACCAGCUGUACCAAUUUCCCAUGAAACAGCGAACGUGGGCCGAGGAAGAGAACGAGGAGAGCGAGGAGACCAAAAAAGCUAUUUGGACCAACAUCGAAGAUAUUAUGACCGCUUAUUAUCAGUAUUCAAAAGAUAAAUCAACGGAGCGUAAAAUAUUGACGGAAGAAAUGUCGAAAUUGGUAGCGCGUGCAAACAUGCUGUGUUCAGAACAAAAACAGCUGGAGCAAGCGCGAGACGAAUUAUUGGCCACUAAAUCUUCAUUGGAGUUCGAGCGACGGAGUAUCAGUGAUCAGAUUAAAAGGAUAAAAACGCUUGUAAAGCGUCUUAGAUAA